GCGCACAUUUCUCUUACAUUUCUAGUCCACUGUAAGGAGUUUAUUGGAUAUUAAAAAGUCAUGGCAAUUUGGAGGUUCACAUGCUUUUCGCUUCUUUUGGGGUUUUUCCAGUCGUCAUUCUCGGCGCUCACAGGUGGUGCAGAGCUCAACGUUGCUGUUGAAGAGGGCACAAUCAUCCACAUUAACACAAGUGCUGGCAUAAACACACAGUGUGAAGUUUGUAUAAGUCAGGUGUGCCAGUCUUCUGUGAUCCUCAGAAAUGAUACGAGUUUGAAUUUCAGCUGUUCACAGCCAGAGGAUGUGUUUACCGUGCAGAUCAUCAGAGAUAUUGGAGAGCUGUCAGAUAAAAUGAAAUCAAUCAUUGAACCCAAAGAAUAUCAUGUCUUUCAAAAGUUCAAUCGGACCUUCACCUGGAAUCUGAAGCCUAAAGCUACAAGGAGAGUCAGUUUGUUUUUUAGGAUUCCUGGUUUACGGCAGAUUCCGCCUACAGACAGCUGCCCAGACAAACACGUUUACACGAUCACAUCAGAGAAUGUCAGUGUUGGAAGGUUUUGUCAUAAUGGAGCCAUUAGAACAGUCAAUGUGAAUAAUGUUGUCAAACUGUCUUUGGAAGUGUCUGGAGGUCAACCUCUGGAUAUGAAAGAUAUCGGUGUAUUACUGGUAUCAACCAUUUACUCACUGGCUUCUAUCCAUGUUGUUCUCCCAGAGAGGAGUUCAACCCAGGACUUCUUUACCCCAAACCCUUUUCCUGAAAAUGCAGAGACAGUGUGGUAUUUCACCGUGCCCCCUCCGUACUACACAGAUGUGCACAUUAUAAACUACACUGUUCCAACAUGCCUCCAAAAUGAAAACAUCCCAGCAAUGAAUUACUUAUGGCACGACAAGAGCCGUCUGGUAAAACCUCUGAAUGGAAGCCAGCCAUUGGUGGAGACUGGAUACUUUAACAUCUCCAUAAAGAACUGCAGAAUGUCCAGGUCAAGUCCUCCAUUGCAAGGCCUAAUGGUGCACUUUCAAAUCUCUGCCAGCAAGAGAAAAAUAGAGCAUUGUGGAGGGGAUCUGCCAGAGAAGCAAAUGCUACAGAUACGUGUGGUGAAAAAGGAUCCCACGUCCCUUUGUGUGUUGAAAAUGGAUUCGGUCAUAAUGGACAAAGUCACCAUAGCUUCAGGGAAGCGUUAUGACAUUGAAUCCAUUGAGUGUAACAAGGAUGAACUAGAGAUGACCGUCCACCAGACCAUAGAAUGUAAAGAAUGGAGAAGCUGUGCAUCCACUACAUUCCCUAUAACCUUCAGUAACAAUGAGAUCUGUAUCCCAGGAGUUCUGAAGACGAUGACAUGGCACCUUCAAGGCCCACAGAACAGUUCAGUGGAGCUACAGUCCCCUACAGGCGGUCUGCGUUACUGUCUGUCUGAGGAUGAAUGCAAUAGCAACCUCCUUCUAAAUGUGUCCCAUGAUAACCCUGGCAUCACUGUUGGGCAGUUUUGUCCAAAGGGAACCAUUGAGAAAAUCCAGAUCCGUGAAUCCAAGAUUGCAGUAACUGCCUCCGUUACAAGUUUCAAUGACCAGAAUUUGGCAACUAAACCCUUUUUAACUUAUUCAUUUACACAAGACAUAUCAGAGCACUAUAUAUUUACUGUUACACCAAAAAUGGAUAAUCCCACAGUGUUGGCGACCCCAGCCUGGCCGUCUGGGAUGAAACCCUCCAGCAAUGUGUCCUGGAUCAUUAACACGGAUCCACAGCUUAAGAGCAAUCUGAAGUUCAUGAAUGUCAGCCAACCUGAGUGUAUUGAGGUGUACACAAACAUUGCAGUGCAGACCAUUGUGCCUCAAAUGAUGGUGUACAGCACUAAAAAGGAUGAGAAUAUUAAUGAUGUGCUGGUCCCAGAAAGUUUUUACCUUAACAUGACUAACUGUAAGUCCCCGACAGGAAGCUUCAGGGCAAUGAUGGAGAUCACACUGCAGAGUAACACAAAGAAGCUUCUGGGCAUCAUCCUGUGUAUCGUGGGGACUGUGUUAAUGAUCAUAACAGCCGUGGUGAUCUGGAUUGUUCUCAGGAAAAAGAAAAGGAAGACUCCCCCAGUGUCCAACUACAAUCCAGGCCUCCAUGGUAUCCCCAAAACACAGAAGGAGGAGGAAGAUCCUCACAUUUGUUGUUACAUUGAUGAGUCUCUAGUAUAUUCCCAUCUGCUUGAUAAAGAAGAUGAAAAUGAACAAUGUAAAGAUGAGAGCGGCCCACCUUUACCUGACAGACCAGUCAGCAAAGGUGAAAGCCUAGUCACUAAAGGCAGCGGGAUGGUUGACGGUGAACUCUAUGGUUAUACUCAGGGACAGUCAACUACAUCUGGCUCACCAAAGUCUCCCAUCAAAACCUCUGAGGACGAGGCCUGUGAAACCAGACUGUGUGAGAGAGAAGAGAGUCCUUGAUGGAAUUGAAUUUUCUACUGCAAAAAUUCUUUUUAGGUGUCUACGACGAUUGUAUAUGUAGUGAUUUUAUAUUUGCAACAGUUUGCUUGUUUUAAAAUGUCUAUACUACAUCAGAUAAAUUUUCUAGAAAAAGAAA